AUGACAAGAGGUGUGUCGAGGUUAAAUGGUGAUGGUGCAGAGUCGCUUGGAAGGCCAGCAUUGCCAGAUUUGCGAUUUGAACAAACUUUUAGACAAUCGCUACGGAAAGAAGCUCUGAAACAGCACAAGCUGACGGUUUCUAAGAGCGAUGGAUCUGUGGUAGAUCCACCGAUUACAGCAUAUGUGGUUGCUAAAGUUGUUUUCAAGGAUAUUCUAUUGGGGCCUUUUGUGCAAGGUGUGUUACUUUCGUCGUUUCUUAUUGUGACUAGGCCAUAUUUGUUAUAUUGCAGACGAGCUGGAUUGAACUUUGCAAGACGUAUUACGGCGACAGUGCGCAGUUGGGUAGUGGCAGUAGGGUCUGUGGAGACGAUAUGA